CACUUAGAAAACAAAAGAAAAACUUCUCUCAUCAUUGGGAAACGAGAGUUUCCAUGGUCUCAAGCCUAUAAAUAUUGAUAGCAUGCACUCCAAUAUAGCCAAGUCAGUAGAAAAAAAAAACAAAAACCAAAGAGCCUCCCCAAAAGACUAAUCCACACCAUACCCUAAAAAAAGAGGCACCAUGUCUUCUGUGGAUCUAAAGAAAUCUAACAAAAUAAGAGAAAUUGUUAGACUGAAAGAGAUCCUCAAGAAAUGGAGAAAAAUAGCCAACUCAUCAAAAAGCACUACCACUAUCGCCACGGCUACCUCUACCACAAGCAAGAGCAUGAAGUUUCUCAAGAGAACACUUUCCCUAUCAGAACGUGAAGGAGGGUCAAGCAAUGUUGUCCCAAAAGGGUACCUAGCUGUUUGUGUUGGUGAAGAGCUCAAGAGGUUCACUAUACCAACUGAACAUUUGGGUCACCAAGCCUUUCAGAUUCUCCUCAGAGAAGCAGAAGAAGAAUUCGGCUUUCAGCAAACGGGUGUUCUGAGGAUUCCUUGUGAAGUUGCAGCUUUUGAGAGCAUCUUGAAGAUGGUGGAAGGAAAGGAGGACAUGUUUUCAUCCCAAGAAUGUAGACUUAGCAUUGAAGAGAUGAUGAUUGAGUACUGCUCAGAAAACCAACUUGCUUAUUCUCACCAUCCUCAAAGUCCAUUGUGCAGAUAGUAUAGCAUAUAUUAAUAUUGCAAUAUUUAUCCUUUUUUUUUUCUUUUUUGUUCUUUUGUUUUACUUUUGUACCUUACAACAAAUCCAAUGUAUGAGAGUGAGUGAAUUCAUUUAUUUAGAUGUAAUAGAACACCCUUUUGGGAUUUAUGAAGCAAGGAAUAUGAUUAUGACUUUCGUUGUCCAA